UAAUCAAACUCUCACUUGCAUUUAAACCCGCCUAAACCCCCUCUCUUAAUCCAACCAUAUAUAUAAACCCGCACUCUCUCUCUCUCUGUUUUUCUUUGUUCCAGUCUUCCAGAUAUUUAGGGCUCACGCAACUGUUGUAUGAGCAGGGGAGCACCAGAUCUCUGAUGUCGACCAUCCACAUUGGCGGCAACGGCGAAACGGAGCCGGCCAAGAUGGCGCCGCUUCCGGCUUUGACCUCGUCGGCUUCGUUCAAGUCUCGAAGCAAGAAGCCCAACACCGCCGGAGCCGGAGCCGGAGCCGGUGGCGUUAUCUCGCGAGGCGGCUCCGAAGUCGAUGACAUCAUCACACUCUUGCACGGCUCCGAUCCUGUCCGCGUCGAGCUCAACCGCCUCGAGAACGAAGUCCGAGAUAAAGAUAGGGAAUUGGGAGAUGCACAUGCAGAAAUCAAAUCCUUGAAAAAUUCAGAGCGUCUCAAAGAGAAGGCAGUUGAAGAGCUGACAGAUGAGCUAAAUAAAGUGGAUGAAAAGCUUAAAGCGACUGAAGCUCUUCUGGAGAGCAAGAACCUUGAAAUCAAGAAGACAAAUGAUGAGAAAAGAGCUGCUUUGGCUGCACAAUUUGCUGCUGAAGCCACACUUCGAAGAGUCCAUGCUGCACAGAAAGAUGAUGAAAUGCCUCCCAUUGAGGCCAUUAUUGCUCCACUGGAGGCGGAGCUUAAGCUGGCCAGGCUGGAGGUAGCAAAGUUGCAGGAUGACAAUAGAGCACUUGAUCGGCUUACUAAAUCCAAAGAGGCUGCUCUUCUUGAGGCUGAGAGAACUGUUGAGAUUGCUUUGGCUAAAGCAUCCUUGGUUGAUGAUCUGCAAAACAAAAACCAGGAGCUAAUGAAGCAGAUUGAAAUAUGCCAGGAGGAGAACAAAAUCCUGGACAAAAUGAAUAGGCAGAAGGUUGCAGAGGUUGAAAAGCUAACCCAAACUGUUCGUGAGCUUGAAGAGGCUGUUUUGGCUGGUGGGGCCGCUGCUAAUGCUGUGCGUGACUAUCAACGAAAAGUGCAAGAGAUGAAUGAGGAGAGAAAAACUUUAGAACGGGAGGUAGCUCGAGCAAAGGUUAAUGUGAAUCGUGUCGCCACUGUAGUUGCAAAUGAGUGGAAAGAUGGCAAUGACAAAGUGAUGCCCGUUAAGCAAUGGCUUGAAGAAAGAAGAUUUUUUCAGGGAGAAAUGCAACAGCUUCGGGAUAAACUCGCAGUGGCUGAGCGCACUGCCAAGGCAGAAGCGCAACUUAAAGAAAAAUACCAAUUGCGGUUCAAGGUUUUGGAGGAAAAGCUUAAAGCAUCUAAUGGAAAUUCCCGCAUUGCCUCGGAAGGAAGAAGCAUAAGCAAUGGUUCAUCAAGGCGUCAGUCUAUUGGUGGAGCAGAGAGUUUCUCUAGGUCAUCCUCCAAUGGGUAUCUAUCAAAGAGAACUUCAAAUUUGCAAUAUGGGUCUCUCAGAUCCAACACUGCUAACACAUUGUUAAAGCACGGUAAGAUCUCACCUAGAUCAUUUGAUGGUGGUAGUAGAUCCUUGGACAGAGAUAAGCUGAUACCAGAUGCAAGUGGGAAAAAUGGUUUGCCCACUAAUACCCGUGAUCAGACCGUAAUCAGUGAAACAAAUGGUACACAUGAGGAGAGUGCAAAUGGGAUGCCAAUUGAGAAAACCAAAACAGAACUUGAAGAUUAUGUUUCUGGAAUACUGUAUGAUAUGUUACAGAAAGAGGUCAUAUAUCUGAGAAAAGCUUGCCAUGAAAAAGAUCAGACACUCAAGGACAAGGAUGAUGCAAUUGAGAUGUUGGCAAAGAAGGUUGAUACAUUGAACAAAGCAAUGGAAGUUGAGGCCAAAAAGAUGCGAAGAGAAGUAGCUGCCAUGGAAAAGGAAGUUGCUGCUAUGCAUGUCGGCAAGGAGCAUGAUCGGAGGACAAGGCGCAUAAGCGCUCCAAGGGGAGCUGUAAAUAGUUCUCAUUUAACUUCUGCAAGGAAUGCACGAAACUAAUAGGCAACUGAAAUUGCUUCAGGUCUGCAGUCAAUAUAAUUGUAUGGUUAUGUCUUGAUUUUUUGCCCCUCUCCCUCUCCAUCUAGUUAAACUGGCUCAUCCAGGUUGUCAAAUCAAAUUGUAAAGAACUGACUCAAGGUUUUUCAGGAAUUCAUCCUGUCCUGUAUAUUUGUUGUACUAAUGUUAUUACCAAGAAAUAUCAAGGGUGCCAAGGAAUUGCUUAAA